AUGUCCAGACUUUUGAAGAUAUGUUUCUUGUUGAUAUCAGUGAAUCAUGCUGAGAUUAUUCACAGUCAGAGCUCUGAAGAUUUGCCUCCAUUAUUACACAAAGCUCUGGAGGAAAUAAUAACUGGGAAAUAUCUGAAUGCCCUCCUUGAUAUACUUAAUUUUCAAAGUUCUAAUGUCUGGACAGCAGAUAUGCUUACAAAAGUCAUGGCAUAUUUUCAUGCCCAGGAAGUUAUGUUUACUCUUAGCAGCCUCCAGAUGUCCAUACAAAGUUACCUGAAGAACCUUUUAUACCAGCCUAGGCAACUACUGUCUGAAUUUCAACAACUUGAUCAGCAGCAGUUCCAAACUGCAAUGAAGUAUCUCUUCAACAGCAAGAAGGAGCAUCUUGAAACGGGAAAUAUUAUUCUUGAUUGGGAUGAGACUAGAGAGAGAAUUUUUCAAAGCCCAGGAGUAAACAGGACCUUGUUCCUUGUAACACUGGAUAAAUGCUUCCUGGCUCUGAGUGCUUUGGACUGUGUGGAUAUCCUAAGCCAGGUUUUGCACGUGUCAGCAGUGAACUAUCUCCACCCUGAUGUCAUUGGGAGCCUCCCAGACAAUCUGCUGGAGGAUGCUUUCAGAAACCUAUCAUCAUUAUUCAAGGACCUCUAUGACAAAACCUCAGCAAAUACUCAGAGAGCUCUGUAUGGCUGGAUGAAGCAGAUUCUACAGAAAUCCUAUAACAGGAGUGACUUCAAUGAAUCAACUUCUUGGGUCAGUGCAGAAAGCUUAUGGAUUUUGGGAAGAUUCAUGGUCCAUCUCCCAUUAGAAGAAAUUCUGAAAAUUAGUCUCAGUGAAAUCAGACUGUUCAUUAGCUACGACAACGCGACAAAGCAGCUGGACACGGUGUAUGAUAUCACACCAGAGCUUGCACAGGCUUUCCUGGAGAGGAUAAACUCAUCAGGAUUUGAUAUGAGGAACACUUCAACCAUCUACAGGCUGGGUUUAUUGGUUUGCUUUUAUGAUGACCUGGAACAGAUGGAUGCAGCUGUGGCCCGGGCUUUACUUCAUCAAAUGAUUAAAUGCAAUCAACUGAGAGGUUUCCAAGCUGAGGUUCACAAGCUCAAAUCCCAACUCCUGAACAUUGCCAUGCAAAACCAGACAUUGAAUGAUACCCUUGGAUCUCUGUCAGAUGCUGUGGUCGGACUAACUUCAAGUCAGCUGGAAUCUCUGUCACCUGAAGCAGUGCAUAAUGCUAUUGCAACAUUAAACCAAGUCUCUGGCUGGGCAAAGAGCCAAGUUAUGAUUUUAUCCAGUAAAUACCUUUCUUAUGAAAAGGUGUUAUCAUUCCAUAAUGUCAGUCAAAUGGGUGCUUUGGUAACGGGCAUCAGCACCCAGUCCCUGUACAGCAUGAACCCAGGGGAGCUCUCCCAGCUUAUUCGAGGCACAACAUCCCAGCACUUGUCUGACUUAUCUCCUGCCCAACAACAAGGGAUCCUCAGGAAGAUAGCUGCAUCUGGAGAUUUUUCUUCAUCAGUCAAAGAGAUACAAGGAGCUUUCUUUAAAGAAGUCUCUCUUUCUGGUUUAUGGAAGCAGACUGGAUAUAGUUCUUCAGCAAUGAAAGAAAAAGAACUAAGAAGCAGCCAGGCUUUGUAUCUGUAUGAAUUACUGUCUAAGAAAAACUAUCCUGUUGACCUUCUAAGCACAGGACAGCUUGUGAAAGGAGUAACUUGUCAACUCAUUGAAAGUAUGGGCACAGACAUAUUUUUAAACAACUUUAAAUUCUUUGAAAUGAAUCUUCAUCUGCUUUCUCCAUAUCAGGUUAAUUGUUUAGCUUGGAAGUUUUGGAAGGUCUCCAAUGCAUCUAUUCCUCCCUUCCUCUUACUGGUGCUUCCUUCUGAGUACCUGGAGUUCGUUUCAGGCCCUUUGUGUGUCCCUUUCAUUGAAAGUCUGGGGAAGACUGAAAUGGACCUUUUGAAUCCAGGCCAUCACAAAAGGAAUGCUGUCCUGCAAAAAGUACAGGAGUGCUUGAACGGCUCUGUGGCUGAUGAAUAUGAUGUUGACCUACUUGGAAAUCUAAUCUGCCACUUACCUCCAGCCUUUCUACAAGGCAGAGUGUCCCUGAAGGCAAUGGCAACAGCCCUCCAUCAAUUCAAACUCUGCCAACAGCUCAGCCACGAGCAGAAGACUGAAAUUAAAUACAAACUCCUUGAGUUAUAUGGCUCCUCAAACAACUGGACAGCAGCAACAACAUUAGAUGUUGGACCAUUCAUAGCUCUUCUGUCAAAGGAGGAAUUAAAUGUCCUUGCUGAAAAGUUCCCAGACAUCAUUUUACAAAUAGCAAAGACAAUUGGACCAGUUUCUUCAGCUGAAGAGCUUUUAUCAACUGUGUUUCAGUCUGUCUCCAAUGCCACUGCCAACACCCCCUCAUCUCUCACCACACCUGAUUGCCUGGGAACCAGAGUUCCUUCUUCAGACGAAAUAAUUAAAUUAGCAGAAGCAAAUAUCUUUUGGUCAGAUCAGGAACUGAAAUGCAUGGACCCAGGGACUUUUGACAAAAAUGUGGAACUUCUUGGGACUGUCUCAGGUUUUAACAACUCCCAGCUUACUGCCUUGAAGGAAAAAGCCAAGCAGGUUUGGGGGUUGCUACCUGACUGGAAGAGUUACCACAUUGUCUCCCUGGGCCGCAUUGCUCUGGCCCUCACUGAGCACGAAAUCCAAGAGCUGGAUUUGCAUUCCAUCGACACUGUUUCUGUACUUAGUCAGCAAACAGAGUGGACUCUUACCCAGGCAAGAUCUAUUUUGGAAGGGUUUCUAGAAGACUCUGGCCAGACCAUCAGCACACUAAAAAGCUUUGAUUUAGUUGGAUUAGGAGCUAUUCUCUGUGCUUUGAACUCCACAGAAAUCAUGUCCAUAAGGACUGCUGAAUUCAGUGCUGCAGUUGCAAGAAUUGGCCUGUUGGUUUGUAGCACCCCUGUUCUGAGGCAGUUUAAGAAGAUGACAGAGUCUGUGUUUGGUGCCGCUACCAGCUGGAAUGGCUCUGUCUUACAGGAAAUUGGUACUAUAGCAGGUGGUUUGAAUGAGGAUGAAUUAAAAGCUUUUGAUAAAACCUUGAUGCCGUAUUUCCAGCCAGCAGCAGUAAGACAUAUACCUCCUGAAAUUUUCCAAGCAUUGUCCCCAGAACAAAUAGCAAACCUGGGCCCCGAAAAUGCCGCCAUGGUUACGGGAUCACAGUGGGAGCAUCUGGAUGCAUCACAGCUCCAGAGCCUGAGGCUGGCGCUGGACGGAGCCAGGACCAGCCCCCCCGAGGCACAGAGCAGUGCAGGAUCCACCCAGGAGGUGCAAACCCCAGCUCCAAGUGGUGAGUGGAGUUCUCCCUCCUCCUGCUCAGGGGAAGGGCAUACACCAGUGGGGUCUCAGCAUCCAGCAGGGCCAGACCUCUAUUGUGAAGGUGGGUUACAGGGAGUUUACUAA